AUGUUGCACUUGCUCUCAUUAGACGCUCUCUUCGUCAGCCGCAGUUCGAAUGACGCGCCAGAGCUCGGUAUCAUCGGUGAACAUGGCAAUAUCGAAAUCCAGUUGGCUUACGCAACCGUUGAUGUAGACAAUGGACAAAAUGGGGCCGUGAACGGAGUCUUGGGUGACAUCACGCUCAACUGCAACCUUUGCCGACUGCUUGUCGCUGAUAUGGACAAUUCGCGCGCGGCUGAUUAA